AUCGAAAUUCGUCCCACUGCGAGUUGAAGAACAGCGCUGAGAGUCACCACCUACAAAGGCCACGCCCACCCCGACCCGCCCCCGCCCUACACAUACCGCAAACAUGAGACCGAUUCUUCUCUCCGGGCACGAGCGUGCGCUCACGCAGGUCAAAUUCAACCCCGACGGCGACAUCAUUUUCUCCGUCUCCAAGGACCAUGUUGUGUGCGCAUGGUAUUCACACAACGGUGAGCGUUUGGGCACAUACCACGGCCACGUCGGAGCCCUGUGGACCGUCGACGUCAACCCCACCUCGGAGCUGCUCGCGACCGGCGGCGCUGACAACACGAUGCGCCUGUGGGAGGUCAAGACCGGCCGCCUGCUGAAGACCUGGGAAUUCGCCACAUCCAUCAAGCGCGUCGAGUUCUCGCCCGACGGCCGCCAGCUGCUCGGUGUCACAGAGAAGCGCUCGGGGCACCUGUCCACCAUUGUCGUAUACGAGAUCAACCCCGACGUUGAGGCCACCCAGAGCGACGAGCAGAUUCUGCGCAUAGUCUGCGACGAGAGCAAGGCUACUGUCGCUGGCUUCUCCUACCUCGCCAAGUACAUCAUCUCCGGCCACGAGGACGGCUCCAUCACACAGUGGGACGGCAAGACCGGCGAGCUGCUCAGCAGCAACUACGACGUGCACGAGCCGGACAUGCAGGUGACCGAUCUCCAGUGGUCGCCCGACCGCACCUACUUCAUCACCGCGUCCAAGGACAAGACCGCGAAGCUCGUCGAUGCCGAGACCCUGGACGUCCUGAAGGCCUACAUCGCCGAUACACCUCUCAACAGCGCCGCUAUGACCCCCGUAAAAGACUACGUCAUCCUCGGUGGAGGCCAGGCCGCUAUGGAUGUCACAACCACCUCCGCCCGCCAGGGUAAAUUCGAGGCGCGUUUCUACCACAAGAUCUUCGCCGAGGAGAUCGGCCGUGUGCGUGGCCAUUUCGGCCCGCUCAACUACGUUGCCGUGCACCCGCAGGGUACUGCGUACUGCUCCGGCGGAGAGGACGGCUACGUGCGCGUGCACCACUUCGACAAGCCCUACUUCGACUUCAAGUACGAGGUGGAGCGGGAGGCGGAGCAGGAGCAGGCGAACUUGUAAUGUACCGGAGCGAGAUGUUAUGAGGGAUGUCUGGAAUGGUGCAUGCAUGCAACGGCGUUCCGGUUCCGGUUGGGUUGAGGUUCUCAAAAGUUCUGGAGAGCGAUCCGCAGAUAGACUCGAUAUCAGAGCGUAGUACCCGAAUGAACACCAGUACAAAGCAUGUGGAGAGCUCUUUUCAAUUGUACGCGCAAA